AUGUCUCUCAAGAACGACGCAUUCCCCUCCUCCGCAGCCUUCGACGCCAUCUCCUCCUCCCUCGAAUCAUCUCCCACCGACCGCGCCGACGCCAUCAAACAAGGCAAUGCCGUCUUUGCCUUCACUCUCAAGAACAAAGCGGGCGAAACAGCCGACUGGCACAUCGAUUUGAAGAAGGAGGGCAAAGUCGGAACAGGACUUGGAGAAAAACCAACAGUCACAUUGAGUCUGAGCGAUGAGGAUUUCGGAAAAUUGGUCGCGGGAAAGGCGAAUGCUCAGAGACUUUUUAUGGGGGGAAAACUGAAGGUCAAGGGAGAUGUGAUGAAGGCGACGAAGAUGGAGCCGAUUUUGAAGAAGGCGCAAGGAGGUGUGAAGGCGAAGUUGUAG